CUGAAUCUUUCUUUCUCUCUAGGCUCUAGGCUCUAGGCUCUUUGCUCUUUCUUUCUACUGAACCCAUGAUUUCUCUUUCUCUACCAUGGAAGACCAUUGUAGUGGCUCUGGUUUUGCUCCACAUAACUUCUUCUUCCCUGAAAGCACGAGCUUCUCUUUCUGAGCUUGAUAGAAUUGCUCUGUUGCCGGGUCAACCCCAAGUCGGGUUCCAGCAGUAUUCGGGUUAUGUGACCGUUGAUGAGAAGAAACAGAGAGCUCUGUUCUAUUACUUUGCUGAAGCAGAAAUAGAUCCAGCUUCCAAGCCUCUUGUCCUCUGGCUCAAUGGAGGUCCUGGUUGCUCUUCUCUUGGAGUUGGAGCGUUUUCUGAGAAUGGACCAUUUAGGCCUAGCGGAGAGGUAUUGGUUAGAAAUGAACAUAGCUGGAACAGAGAAGCAAACAUGCUUUACUUGGAGACGCCAAUUGGAGUGGGGUUCUCUUAUUCAACGGAUACUUCUUCUUAUGAGGCUGUAAAUGACCACAUCACAGCCAGGGACAAUCUGCUGUUCUUGCAAAAGUGGUUAGAAAAAUUCCCACAAUAUAAAAAUAGAAGCUUGUUUAUUACAGGAGAAAGCUAUGCUGGUCACUAUGUUCCGCAGCUUGCAGAACUCAUGCUCCAAUAUAAGGAGUAUCAAUUUAAUUUGAAAGGAAUUGCGUUGGGUAACCCAGUCCUAGAAUAUACCACUGACUUCAACUCAAGAGCUGAGUUCUUUUGGUCUCAUGGAUUGAUAUCAGAUUCAACAUACAAAAUGUUCACUUCUGUUUGUAACUACUCACGUUAUGUGAGUGAAUAUUACAGAGGCUCGGUUUCACCUAUUUGUUCAAGGGUGAUGAGCCAAGUGAGCAGAGAAACCAGUAAAUUUGUUGACAAGUAUGAUGUCACUCUUGAUGUUUGUAUAUCAUCUGUGUUCUCCCAAUCCAAAGUCCUCCUUCCUCAGCAAGUUACAGAGGCAAUAGAUGUAUGCGUGGAGGAUGAAAUAGUUAAUUAUCUGAACAGGCCAGACGUGCAGAAGGCACUGCACGCUCGACUUGUUGGCGUUCGUCAAUGGGCAGUUUGCAGCAACAUACUGGAUUAUCAGCUGUUGGAUGUGGAGAUACCAACAAUCACAAUCGUGGGCAAACUCAUUAAAGCAGGAAUACCGGUCUUGGUUUACAGUGGAGACCAAGAUUCUGUUAUCCCAUUGACAGGAAGUAGAACAUUAGUUCAUAGACUUGCAGAGCAAUUAGGACUAAAUACCACCGUGCCUUACAGAGUCUGGUUUGAGGGGCAGCAGGUUGGUGGGUGGACUCAAGCUUAUGGUAAUAUGCUUUCCUUUGCCACCAUUAGAGGAGCAUCACAUGAAGCGCCGUUCUCACAGCCGGAGAGAUCACUUGUAUUGUUCAAGUCAUUUUUGGAGGGCCGACCUCUACCCGAAGUAUUCUGAUCUACUACUGAUCAGUUAGACUGGGUCCAGAUGGAGAUUGUAAGAAAUUUGAUUGUAAGGUUCAAUCAUCUGAGCAUGAAAAGUGCAUUUGUUUGUUAUUUGUAACAUGUUACACGGGGGGUUGUCCAUGCUAUGGAAAGUAGAAAUUUUUUGUAAACACGUGAAGAAAAAAGAAAAGAAAAGAAAAGAAAGGAAGUGCUUUUGGCAAAUCUCAAGUUUCCAUAUUUGUAAAAUAGUUUCAAAUAAUUGAUCUGUUUUCAA